AUGUAUCAGAACACCCAACAGAACCAGGCGCGGCCGUUCCAGGUCCCGCCGCCGCCGCCUAUGUCGCCUCCUGUCGCUGGUCAACCUGGACAACUGAACACGAUGUUGAAUAUUCCCCCUCCUCCACCUAGGUACCCCAGUGCACCGACAAACACCGGCGGCGUGGUGCUACCACCACCUCCUGGUCCACCACCGAAUAGCGCCCUAGGGCCUCAACCACCGUGGCAGGCUAGUUGGGGACGUACUUAUAGCGGACAGUCUAGCUUCGCGAUCCCGCCUCCCCCAGCGGGUGGUCCCGUCCCGUCGUAUAACCCGAAACUACAUUCCCAAGCUUCAAAUGGAACCUUAUCGAUACCCCCUCCCCCACCAGUCGAACUUAUGUCGAAUACUUAUAGACCUGGAAAUGACAAUAACGAAGCAAUGGUAUCUGCAACAUAUAUUCCAGGUGGAGAUACAUAUGGAGAGGGUGUUGGAAUACCUGGUUUCUUCCCCGACGACAUGGGAACGCAAUCGACGACCACCCAAAGCUCUUGGCCCGUAAGCGGCCAGACGAGCAGCUCAAAUACCCUAAGUACUACCUUAACCGACGACACCAAUCGUGGGUUGCUAUACACCAAUGCAUUCCAUAACCGGAUGCUGUCGACUACUUCGACCGCGACAGCCAGCCAUUCCGAACUCCCCCCUGAGCUAGCAGCUAAAUGGCCACUAGACCAUGUACUACUAUGGCUAGCUGCGAAUCACUUCUCCAGAGAAUGGCAGGAGACAUUCAAAAAUCUUAAUAUCCACGGGGCGCAAUUCCUUGAGCUUGGUAGUCAGAAAGGCGGUCGAGCGAGAUAUGGCUCUGGCGUGUCUCCUGAGGUCGGUCAAAUGUGGCGGAAUGGUAUGAAUGGAAUCGAGGACAUGAUUCAUGCCGGUCGCAACGAUCGACGUUACAAUGCUGAUGGGAAACAUGCGGAGCCAGGUGAUCGCCCUGCUUCGGCGGAACCAUCUUCUGCGAAGGACAACAAGAGCUUUCUGGGCUUCUUAAAGCGAAGAAAUAAGCAAAAAGAGGAUGGCUCAUUCCCUUCCCCAGACGAUGCAGAUUCGCCCACGAGCCCCCAUUUACUAAGGUCUCGAUUUGGCACUCCUCCGCCGGAAGCAGUUCAAGAUUCCGCCCCGACGUUCCGGCGCAGCAGAAAUGGCCCCCGGGUAUUUAUACUUAUAACGCUAGAUGGGUGGAAUUACCGACUGUGCGACGUUACCGAUUGUGAUACUGCUGCCGAUUUGCGUGCUAGUGUCUGUAUGAGUCUUGGGCUUUCCGAUCCGAAGGGGUUUGAAAUCUUUUUAACUGAGCUAGGACGAGAAACACAUGAUGAAGCACUAGAAGACCAAAGCUUAUGGAUUCAUAAGCGCAACAAGGGCGAUGCGAACGGUUCCCUAAAAUUCUUCAUCAAACUGAAUAGAUCUGGAGAAAAUAGUCGCAAUAUUCCCACAGUAGUUCCAUCAGGGGGUCAACUAACACCCGGUUCUAAUUUAAACGAAGACGCUUACGCUCACCUUAAUGGCCGUACGAGAUCUAGUUCAUCACCCCCCUCCUCGAGAACUAAUACCAUUUCCACUGGUUCGAAACCAAAUGAUCCAGAAUUAGCAGCCAAAGCUAGCGAAUAUCGCGCUGAAGUCGAAAAGCAGCAAGCUGCAUAUCUUGCUAAACGAAGGCAAGUCCUAAAGGAAUCAUCCCCACAAGAAAACUCUCCCCAAACAGGAAUUGUCGGUAGAAAUGUAGACUUUGACCACCCGCGUGUCUCUCCGUUCGAGGAGAAAAAGCCAGACCUCUUCCCACAGAGAAAAGCGCCGGCGCCUCCAGGUGUAGAGACUGCCACACUAAUCAAGGCAAAUUCAUUGAGCAGGAAAACCGGCCAUAAUAUGAGGCUGUCACAGGGCAGCCUAGAUGGAUUCCCUAGUCCCAGGCGGCCUACCACUUCAAAGAGCGAAACGAGCCCAGAACAAUGCCAGAGACCGUCGACAGGACACCCGUCCCCAGGGCCCCCUUCUCCGCCGGCAGGAUCGGCCCUCGGUGCCUUAAUCAAUAUGGGAAGUGCUUGGGGCCGACUGGCUCGGCCGUCAACGAUACCGCUACAACAGCGGCCGGUAUCGCCCCCCCGGAAUACUUCUGCGCCUGCAGUUGGUACGGACUUGGUAGAACAAAGAGGUAAGGGAGCAAUGGCAAGCGUUGAUUUUGGCGUUACCGCCUCAGGUCGUAGUAGUUCUCGGUCGAGGUCUGGUUCUCCCGGCUCCUUAACAUGGAGCCGUGGUGAUAUACCAUUCGUCGUCCCAGACUACUCGCCUGGUGGCACCCCAAUCCUUGGCAACCGGGGCAAAUCUCAGCUUGAUCCGAUUACUAAAAUGCGUGACAUAGCACAACGAGUUCCGUCCCCCGGCGACCUAAGCCCGAGUACGGCCCAUCCCGCUCCAGGAGCCGCUGCCGGGCCAGGAAAUCCCCCAGCCAACCGACCCAAAUCCUACGGACCCAAUGUGGACUUUACCGAGACUGACGUACAGUUUUCGGCUCCAUCAAUAUCUACCAAACCGUUGGAUGAUGAUUCAGGUGACGAUGAUUCCGAUGAUGGUCUAUUUGCUAUUCCGAUGAGAGGAAGACAACCCUCGAAGAAGGCAGUGCGCAAGCAACCGAGCCGUAAUGAGACAAGCGUACUUGACAGCGAUUCGGAGUCCAGCGACAGUAAAAAGCCAAACUUGAGGGUUAAGACUUCGAGGUCUAAGAAGAGUCUAUCUGUAUCGUUUAACUCGCCCGGUACUUCUAACACGCCCGAUUUAGAAGAUGACGAGGAGAGUAUCCGAAGCGGACGAGACUCCCAUCGUCGUACACCCGCUACGCCUGGUUCGGAACAAUGGCAGUCUGAUGAUAGUAAGCUCAACCGCCGGAAAUCAUUUGUUGACCGUGGCGUAUGGGCCAAUCGUCCACCCCCCGAGGCUUUGCUUAGCAACCUUGAUGCUUUCUUCCCCGAACUUGAUCUUGAUCAGCCUGUACUUGAUGAGAAUGAACUUCCUGUGUCGCCUAUACCUGAGCAUGAGGAAUUUCCCGGUGGGAUGAGUAAAGCAGGUCCGUCCACAUUGGGUGUCAACCCUCUAACGCCUGCUGCUGAAACCGGUACUACAAAAUCUUCGGUGUACAAUGAAAGCGAUACCUUAGGCUCAGAUGAGUCUACUUUAAAAGCACUUGAACGUCCUCCUUCAAUUGCCUCGGUCGCAACACGGAACAUACAGCGUUCUAGCGGACUUGGCCGAAUGAAAUCCAUUCGAGAGGUAGCUCGAGGUGCACAUGAAGCGAACAAGCGGUAUACUACGUCAUCGGCCGGUGCUGGAGCUGGAGCAUCGUCGAUGAUCCAGCGGAGGAAAAGCACAAAGAUGUUUGGCGCUAAUGUCGUACAAAUACGCCCUGAACGCGGCUCGAUGAUUGUACCACAGAUUCCCCAAGACGUCCUACCGAAGCGGCAGACUACUUUCCGGUGGUUCAAGGGUGAGCUCAUCGGUAAAGGAACAUACGGACGUGUAUAUCUCGGCAUGAACGCAACGACAGGUGAAUUCUUAGCCGUCAAAGAGGUUGAAGUCAACCCGAAAGCCGCGGCUGGUGAUAAGAAUAAAAUGAAGGAGCUGCUAAAAGCCUUGGACCAGGAAAUAGACACAAUGCAGAACUUGGACCACGUAAAUAUUGUACAGUAUCUUGGCUGCGAGAGGAAGGAAACGAGCAUCAGCAUUUUUCUGGAGUACAUUUCUGGUGGUAGCAUUGGGUCCUGUCUGCGCAAACACGGGAAGUUCGAGGAACCGGUAGUGAGCUCAUUAACACGGCAGGCACUCUCUGGUCUAGCCUAUCUACACCGAGAAGGUAUUCUACACCGGGACUUGAAGGCCGAUAACAUUCUGUUAGACGUGGAUGGGACAUGCAAAAUUUCCGAUUUCGGAAUAAGCAAGAAGACGGACAAUAUUUAUGGUAACGACAAGACUAAUUCGAUGCAAGGGUCAGUAUUCUGGAUGGCCCCCGAAGUGAUCAGAUCCCAAGGUGAGGGUUACAGCGCGAAGGUUGAUAUUUGGAGCUUGGGAUGUGUGGUCUUGGAGAUGUUCGCUGGUAGAAGACCCUGGAGCAAGGAGGAGGCUGUCGGCGCGAUUUACAAAAUUGCAAAUGGCGAGAUACCACCGAUUGCAGAUGAUGUGCGCGAGGCGAUAAGUCCCUAUGCCCUGGGAUUUAUGCUGGAUUGUUUUACAGUUGAUCCCAGGGACCGCCCCACUGCCGAACGCCUACUAAGACAACAUGAGUUUUGUGAGCUCGAUGCGGACUACAACUUCUUCGAUACCAAUCUUUACGCCAAGAUCAGGGGCACUUUUCAGUAG